AGGAUCUGUCAUGGCGGCGGUAGAGAAGUGUCGUCAGUGAAGUGGAUCUGUAGUAAACAGUUGUUUUUAUCUGAUGUAACCCGGCGCGCGGAGUUCACGGGGAGACGUUUAUAUUGUACACCGUCAGCAUGGGCUCUGAAUAACGUCUCACGGCUGAGAGAGACGAAGAGGAGAUUUGGAGACAGAAGAAAGAAGCGUCAGCCCUGACUCAUCCUCCCAGCGGCGGCCAUGUCUCUGGGCGAGCCCACGUCGGACUCGGCGCCUUUCUUCUCUGAUGACAGCGAGGCGGAGGGAUCGGAGGAGCAGGGCGGGGCGGCGGCGGCUCAGCGGCAGCAGGAGGAGUCGCCCAGCGGGGUGUCCAGAGUCCGAGCCCUGCUGACCGUCCUCAUCCUCUGCUACAUCAACCUGCUCAACUACAUGGACAGGUUCACUGUGGCAGGUGUUCUCCCAGACAUAGAGCAUUAUUUUGGGAUUGAUGAUGGGAAGUCUGGUUUACUCCAAACAGUUUUUAUCUGCAGCUACAUGUUUCUGGCUCCGUUCUUUGGUUACCUGGGCGACAGGUACAACAGGAAGUACAUCAUGAGCUUUGGAAUUGCAUUCUGGUCCUUGGUGACACUCGCCAGCUCCUAUACUCCAAGAGAACACUUCUGGGCUCUGUUGUUGACUCGAGGCCUGGUCGGAGUCGGGGAGGCCAGUUACUCCACCAUCGCCCCCACCAUCAUCGCUGACCUCUACGUCAAGGGGAAGAGGACGAACAUGCUCUCCGUCUUUUACUUCGCCAUCCCUGUGGGCAGCGGUCUCGGAUACAUCGUGGGCUCACAAGUCAGUAACAUAGCGAAGGACUGGCACUGGGCUCUGCGGGUGACUCCAGCUCUGGGGCUCAUCGCUGUGUUUCUGCUGCUGUUCGUGGUCCAGGAGCCUAAAAGAGGCGCCAUCGAGGCUCGACCGGAGCAUCACCUGCAGCAGACCAGCUGGCUCAAAGACCUGCAGGCGCUCGGCAAGAACUACAGCUUCGUGUUGUCCACCUUCGGCUUCACGGCGGUGGCGUUCGUCACCGGCUCUCUGGCUCUCUGGGCUCCGACCUUCCUGCUGAGGGCAGCCAUCUUCUCUGGGGAGAAAGCCCCCUGUGUGGAGGGCCACUGCAGCUCCUCAGAAAGUCUGAUCUUCGGGGUCAUCACCUGCGUCACAGGUGUGCUGGGCGUGGCCAGCGGCGUGCAGGCAAGUCGGCAGCUGAGGACGAGGACGCCCCGAGCCGAUCCUCUGGUCUGCGCCGCCGGUCUGCUCCUCUCGGCGCCCUUCCUCUACCUGGCCAUCGUCUUCGCUGAGGCCAGCACCAUCGCCACAUACGUCUUCAUCUUCCUGGGAGAGACCUUCCUGUCCAUGAACUGGGCCAUCGUGGCUGAUAUUCUCCUGUACGUGGUCGUUCCCACUCGUCGCUCCACGGCCGAGGCUCUGCAGAUCGUCAUCUCACAUCUACUGGGAGACGCUGGAAGCCCCUACAUGAUAGGAGUGGUCUCAGACUCUCUGAGGAGGACGGACUCGUUCCUCUGGCAGUUUCGGUCUCUGCAGCUCUCUCUGCUGCUCUGCUCCUUUGUGGCGGUGGUGGGCGGGGCUUUCUUCCUCGCCACCGCCCUCUUCAUCGAGACAGACCGACACCGGGCCGAGAACUACGUCCCCACAGACGACGAGCCGAUCGUCGUCCCAAAGAGCGGCCGCUCCACCCGGGUCCCGGUGUCCAGCGUCCUGAUCUGACCUCACCAACCUGACGGGGGUUUUCCCGUGUUCAGCCUGGUCCUUCACACGUUUGUGGUUAUUUUAUUUAAUGUUUUUUAGGACUGCGAACACCGAUCGGACUGUCUGCCAUGCAGAAACAUUUUUGGACGAGUUUAUUUUUAAAUGUUUUGUCUACGUGACUUUUUUUAUAACUUCCGCGGCGUCGCUGCAGGAGCUCGACACCUGGUCCGUCGGGGACGGGACGUUGAAGACGAGCGGCAGAGACUCCGAGGAGACGCAGCAGCUGCUCUGUUUUACAUUUAAUGGGACACUGAGGAGCGACUGACCCGACGGCCUGUCAACAUCAGUCUGAAACACGAUACGAUCCUCAGAGUGACCACGACCACAGCACCGGAGCUUCAUGAGUCUGUUUUCAUAUGUUUGUACAUGUCGCAGCGAGUUUUAAUAUUAACACUAACUUCUUACGCUUCAGGUCGUCAGAAGAAUCUUAAACCUCCGGCUCUUUAUUCAGUUACUCAUCUUUUACAAGGAUUACUCCUGAUUUUAAUCCUCAUUUAAAAUGUUCCCCUUUUAUUUUAAGGAGCAACUCUGGUUUUCUUUGUGUCAUGUUGGAGCUCAGUCCGGCUCAGUCCGGCUCAGUCCGGCUCAGCCAGGCUCAGCCCGGUUAAGUCCGGUUCAGACCGGUUCAGCCCGGUUCAGUCCGGUUCAGUCCGGUUCAGCCCGGCUCAGUCCGGCUCAGUCCGGUUCAGUCCGGCUCAGCCCGGCUCAGUCCAGGUGGACGGGGGGCAGUGUGUCUGUGGGGCAGGUGGAGCUCAGGCUGCAGAAACAUCAUGUAAACAAAAAAAAAAAGCUUUUAAAUGAAUGUUAAUGAUGAAAGUCGUUUGUUAACCUCAAAUUAUUUUAGCAAAAUCUUUUUUUGUGACUAUUAAACGAGA